AUGGAUCUCCAAGGCACCCCUAUUUCUCACAGCAGCCGCGGCACCAAGGUCACCAACGACCCUCGUUCACAGCAGCCCAUAGAAGAACCAUCUGGCCCUAUCACCAAUGACUCGCUUGCCGCCCAGUCUAUCCGCCAAGGCGGCGGCUUCUCUGGGAACCGUGGCGCCGAGCCCAUGGGCGUCUCAGGAAACCAAUCCACAGUAAAGAAUACCGAUACAUCCGCCUCCACCAAGCUUCCAUCCGCAUCAUCUAGCGCUCAACGCCAGGAUCGCCAUGAGGAACAGAAGUACCCCGAAUGCGUGGUUGGUCAGGGUAACUUCCCUGGCACACACAUGGACAACUCUGGGUAUGCCGGUGGCUCAACUGCGGCCAAGAGAGAAAUGGGCAUCAAGGCUGGCGAAUACUCUACCGCCAGCGGCAGUAGUCGAGGCACUCAGCACAACGCCGGUGGCAUCCAAGAGGGUGACUUACCCCCCGACGAUGCUAAGAAUGCUAGCUUCGCCUCGGAAAUUGGCUCAAGCGAGGACCCUGGCCGUGGGGCUAUCAACCAGUUCCAGCGCAACAACGCCCACUCUGUUAAUGAUACUGGCCGCGUCCAGCAGAAGGGCGUUGAUGCUCAGAAUCUAUAUGAGCAAUUAGAGAGUGACCAGCGCGCUUAA